CAAGGAUAAAUAAAUGGCUGAGGCAAGCUGCAAUUCUGAAGGCUUCUUCCACGUUACACCCAAGACAGACUGUCCCCACGUCCAGUGAAAGAAAAAUCCACAAGUUCGAGUCAGACUAUAGAAACACAUCUUGGUUCAUCGUUUAAUUACACUUCUCUAAUGGAUGCGAAAAGUAAAAGUGACAUCUCUGAGAAACCAUCGUCUGCCAUUCAGCCUUCCGCAGGAAACACUCCGGAUGAUCAAAGAAAGUCAAAACUCGAAGAAGGGGCCACUGCUUUGACAGAGACUAGUAAAACUAAGGCUGCUGACAGCGUAGUGUUGGUUAACCAAAUAAAAGGAGUGUUGUAUGGAAACUGUAUUGGUGAUGCCAUUGGUUUAUUAACAGAAUUCAUGGAUAAACAGGAGGCUCAGUUGAGCUAUGGUGUUGGCGCUGACUUGGAAUACAAACAAAAGGUUUUCGAUGGCCAUCGCUGUCACUGGAAGGAAGGUGACUGGACAGAUGACUCCGAUCAAAUGAUCCUUAUUCUCAGAACAUUAGUUCAUAAUCAUGGAAAAUUUGAUGAAAAAGACUUUGCAAACAAAUUGAAAUAUUGGGUGCGCCACGGAUAUCCAGAACUUGGAGAUACAGGCGGUUGUGGUCUUGGGAGAACAACAGCUUCUGUUCUCAGCCACAGAGAUUUCUUGAAAGACCCUCACAGGGCUGCCAGAGAUGUAUGGGAAGGUAGUGGUAGAUACAUUGCUCCCAAUGGAGGAGUGAUGCGAACCUCAAUUCUUGGCACCAUGGAGUUUUAUGACUUAGACAAAGUUAUUGAAAAUACAAAAAAUGCUUGUAUGGUCACUCAUGCUGACCCCAGAUGUAUUGCAUCGUGUGUUGCUGUUACCAUAGCAAUAGCGUUGAUGUUGCAACGUAAAUUUGAGCUAAAUAAUGGAGAACAAAAUGUAGAGGAAAUUAUGAAAGUUGCAUAUUGCUAUGCGGAGAAAGAAAUUAAGGAUCCACAACAUAAAAAAGAAUUAAAAGAGCACAUGUUUGCAGAGUCUCUUGACAAACUCGAGUUAGACUCACAAAGGGCUAUUGGUUAUACAUUCAAAUGUAUGGGUGCUGGUUUCUGGGCUUUCAGACAGAAAAAUUUCAGGGAAGCCAUACAAGCGAUAACAAUGGAGGCUGGUGACGCAGACACAAACUGUGCAGUUGCAGGUGCUUUGCUGGGCUGCAAAGUUGGAUUUAAGAAAUUACCUGAAUCCUGGGUGAAUGGUCUUUAUAAUCGAGAAUGGUUGGAAAAGGAAAUUAAAAGGUACUUCGAAAUACUCGCAUUGAAAUACUAAAGAAUUCGUUCGCGCAUGCAGCCUCCACGUGCUUGUUCGCACCACAUCGAUGUAUCCAUGUUCUAUUAUUUCUGUUUUCUACUGUACUAUUGUAUUGAAAAGCGCUUUAAUAUGCAAAAUAUCAAAGUGUAGUCGGCUAUCUAAACACGUGUCGUGGCGAGUAUCAAUUAAAUAGCAAAGUAUAUUAGGUAGCAAAGAUAUUUAGUUUUUAGUUAAUUACCUUGAAACAUUUUACUUAAUUAAGUUCUGUAGCAAUGUUAAAUAAAUAAAAUAUUUCAAAAAUAGCAUUUCUAUUGACCGUAUUGUUAAAUAUAUAUGACUCAAACAGAAAAAAG